AUGAUGAACAUCCAUAUCGGGUUGCUCUCAGAGCUCACACACACCCGAUACGUCCUGCAUCUCUCAGACGGCAGGCGUUUAGUCCUCUUCCGCUUGCCUUCAAUUGAGACCUCGGGAAAAAGCAAGGCAAAAAAUGAAACCAGUGAUGGGUGGUCUUACUACGCGAUGGAGGCGGAGUGCCCGCACGCUGGUGGCCCCAUGCAAGAUGCAAAUGUCGAUAUCGAGGAUUCAGCUUAUAUAGUCUCCUGCCCAUGGCAUGCGUAUGAUUUCAAUGUGGAGACUGGCGAAUCCAGCGUUGGCAUCAAGGCGUGCACAUUUCCUGUUGAUGUCCAGGGAGAAUAUGUGACAUUACAGUACCCUUCAAACGGCUGCUCAGUUGGUCUUGGUAAAAUGGAGCCUGUGAGCGAAAAUGUCAAGUUGAAGACUGGUCGUGCGGUCACUGCAUCCGAGCAAGCUUCGCAUGCGAGCCGGCCGGAGACAGCUAGAUAUCUGGACGCAAGCGCCACACUCAGCGACUGGUGUGCGCAUAUUUUACAUACAUCGAACCCAGAGCACAAAAUAGAACUCACUACCCAUCUAUUUACUACAUUCACCAGCAGAGAAGGAUCAUCGUCUCCCAUGCCUAUUGUUGGAACGAGUCCCGUCUCGCUUCCUUCGACCCCACCCCGGGAAAAGCUGAUGACCGUCAAUCCUCGGGACAUGCCCUCGUCUGGCAGGGGAGGAAACCUGAAAAGUAGGAUUGCAAUGCUCCAUGCUCUUGCCAAUAUCGAGCUUUGGGCUAUUGAUUUGGCAAUUGAUAUUUGUGUGAGAUUCGCGGAAUUUCAAACUCUUCCCACAUCUCGAGACUGCCCACGACAGCUGCCGCGUACAUAUUUUCAUGACUGGCUCAAAGUCGCCAAUGAUGAAGCAAAGCAUUUUUCUCUACUGCGCACCAGACUGGAAGAGAUGGGCUCCUACUUUGGAGCGCUGCCUGUUCACCAUGGUUUAUGGGAGUCCGCCACAACCACAGCACACAACCUUCGCGCGAGGAUUAGUAUUAUUGCCCUCGUCCAUGAGGCUCGUGGCCUUGAUGUUAAUCCGAUGACCAUUGCUAAAUUUCGCAAUGCCCGGGACAUGGAGAGCGUGGAGGUCUUGGAAGUGAUUCACAAUGAUGAGAUUACCCACGUCACUACCGGCCAUCGUUGGCUCACAUGGAUCUGUCAGGAGGAAGAGACCGAUCCUGUGCAGGUUUUCCGAUCCAAUGUGAAGAAAUACUUUAAAGGUGGUUUGAAGGAGCCGUUUAACCGAGACGCCCGAGCUCUUGCGGGAAUGGAUGGACGCUAUUAUGAGAACAUGGUUCACUAA